AAAACUACGAGCGCUGAAAUUUGCUCAGUAAACAAUUCACCAAUACAUAGCCAACCCGACCAGCCAAACCAACAUGCUUUCUCGCUUUGGCAGGUUUGAUUGUUCAUAAGACAGAACGAGAAGGUAUGUUGAUAUUGCUACCCGGGAAGGACGUCUAACUGUCAAAAUGAAAAUCCAACAGGGCAAUGUCAACAAAGCCUAUUCCGAGACUUCAUUACUCUACCAAAAGUGGUUAUAGAUACCCAGUAUAGUAUAGAUGCAGUAUAGAUUUUCUGCGCUGUAGAAAAAUGAAUUAAAAUUUCCUUUGGAAUGUGAAUCCUUUGGAAUGUGCUAUGCGUGUGAGUGAAAAUAUACGUAUCACAAUCGAACCGACAAACUUCUAAUUGGUUUUCAGCAUGUCUACCGCGUCAAACCUAUGAGCCCACCUAGUCUCUUUACCCACUUUCCUACAGACUUUGGCUCAACCACUUUGGGUCGCCGUCUUUUUGAAUUCAUCGUUUUUGCAGCAGCCAAAUAAGUUCGUUCGUUAUUUUGUUUGGUUGGUGUUUUGUGUGCGUUGUUAAAAAGAAAACAGUGAUAACACUAAGCUAUGUCGCGUGUAGAUAUAUAUCUUGCGCUGUGUAUGCUGGACGCCAUCGAGGAUGCCAACAUUGCGGGUGUGCAACUACUGCUCGAUAAACACCGUGCGAAUCCGAACACGAUCGUGCUGGCCAAAGAUGUAGCACCGAUGCAUCUAGUGAUCGGAGCGGACGAUGAACCGUUUGCCGCAAAAGCCACCUCGCUGAUGUUGGAACACGGCGGUGAUGCCAAUCUGCCGACGGUCGAACAGUUGCUAACCCCACUUCAUGUGGCCUGCAAUCUUGGGCGCGUUACAAUCCUGCGAAUGCUCCUGAAAGCGGGCGGCAAUGUGGAACUACAGGACGAGGAAGGCCGUACACCGAUUCAGCAUGCUAUCGAUGAGGGUCAUUACGAAGCGCUGGAGGUGAUACAGAACCACGUAUUUGAAAAGAAGAUGGAGCGUAAGCGGCAACAGCUCUUGCUCGAACAGCAACGGCAGCUGAAUCAAAACAAUCUUUUGCUGCCGGCAACUCUACUUAAUCCAGCAACUUCCCUAAAGGUGCUUGAAGAGCGUGCCUUCACCCCAAACAAAAUUCACUACAAUUUUGACGCUACCAGUCCGUACUACGUGAACAUUACGCACCGGCGGAAGGAUCGAUUUAAAACAUUGUUUUCCGAAGACAUCAAUUGCAAUGUGGAAAACAUUCUACCAGCAGAAGCGAUCAUUAUGCCUUCCAACGAAUCUUUCCCCUCCGUCGCAGAGAAACGAGUUGAACAGCAGCCAGAUUGUACCGUAGAAGUUCCCAAUAGUACGAACCUUUUUGAACUAACCAAGAUUAAUUUGCAGAACUUUACAAGAGAUAGUGAGCCUACGGGUAGAAGAACGUCCUUCAUAGAAUCUUGGCGGGAAAAGAUCACGGAAAUGAAGGAAAGAACCCGAGUAAGCCGACGGUUAGAUGACAUCGGUAGGAUUUUGAACAGCUUCUCGGAGAACGCGGGAUCGAUCAUUGACGAAACGUUCGUGACUGCACCAGACGAGCAGAACCCUUUGGAGAUUAUCGUUAAACCUGUCAUUUCGGAAAUGCAUUUUGAGACCGUCGAGAUGAACAAACCGGAGGCAACCUUGGAAGGAUUUGAAACUAAAACUCAACAGAAUCCGCCUGUACAUGAAUUGGACGAGUGUAAGGGAGAAUUGGAUGCGGCAGGGAACACAGUCGUCAUACAGAUAAGUGAAGAAUACAUUCACACAGACGAUGAGUCGGGUGUGAUGUUUCGGGAGAAGAAAAUGACCAACACUGCGUCGAUUCGGGCGAUUUCGGAAGACGGUCGCGAACUUGUCGCAGCACAAGAACUAAAAUAUCCGCCAUCACUAACGGGAAGAACUGCGUCGUUAACCAGUGUUUCAACGGCGCUUACGUUGCCUCCACUGGAUUACGAUACGGAUGUACUGCGUGCAGAACUGACCACCUUCGGUGAGGCUCCCGGUCCAAUUACAAAAAGUACAAAAAAGCUUUACCUACGCAAGCUCGUCAAAUUCCAGCGCCAUCCGGAACUAUUGGCAAACGCGGGCGUUGUGACGGAUUCGAAAGCAAACACCCAGCUAUGUUACUCCGUCGAGUUGAUGGCGACGAUACGGAAAAAGGAUAUGUUCAAAAGGAUCGUUGAGCAACAGUGUCUGGAGCAGGAGAUGGCCUCCGAAUUUCAAUCGAGCACAGCUAAAGGGGUUCGCAAUUUCCGCGAGGGACAUCUAAAGAAGAGCUUUAUUUAUCUGUUACUUGAUCCUCGCAUAAGCAACAACCUGCCAGCACAGCAAAAGCUUCUGGAGCCACUCGAGCUAUGGAAGCGUUUCCUCAGCUCAGUAUUUUACGUCGGUAAGGGUAAAAGUAGCCGACCCUACUGCCAUCUGUACGAUGCAAUGAAGCUUUACCAUCACAAGAAAUGCCGGACGGAAGACGAUUGUAACCGAAAUGUGGGUGAUUUGAUGGUUGCAGCAGAGAAAGUUUUGUUUCGAUGUAGCGAAGAGGAAUGUGUCAAUAAGGUUAAUAAAUUUUGCGAGACCGGCAAGGUUUUAAAUCGCAAACAAAUGGCUGCUGACAGCAGGAAGCUCAAUCGUAUCAUCGAUAUUUGGUGUGCUGGCAAGGGAGUUGUAUGUUUGCACAUCUUCCACAACAUCAUGCCGGCGGAGGCAUACACACGUGAGGCCGCCAUUAUAGACGCGUUUGGGCUACAAAAUUUGACUAAUCUGAAGCGGGGCGAUUAUUAUUCCACGUGCCUUUCGUGGCCAAUGAAGAAACGCAAGCAACUUGGAAUAUUGUUGCUGUACAAAGCGAUGCUCAUUCAUCUGGCCGAGGGUGAAACGCAACUGUUGCCAAAUGAUCUGUGAUUUGAGAUGAGAAAGAGAGCCUUGUUCCAACAGUCAGUUUAUAUAUUUUGUCUACCAUGUCUAUUUGUUUAUACCGCAUUCCUAUUUUACUAAUAAAACUGUUUGAGAAUAUGAUUUUA